GCUUCUGCAAAACCUUACGAGUUGUCGAGAUGACGCACCAACUGUUUUACGACGGCUUGACCUUCAAGUGCUCAGUAACCUCUCUCAAUGGACGGUGCCAGUGGACCGUUGCCCGUUUGCUCAUCUUCGGUCAGUUAGAUUCUAUUUCCGAAGAUGACGGUUACAUACUCGUCAGUUGUGGCGACUGCGAAAUACUGGACUUUUAUAAGAUUAUUGUUUAUGUGGAAAGGAAGCGUUUAUCGUCUGGUUUGGUUCGAGUUUCUGGUCUUCGUCGGUAUAUACUCCGUUUUAUCUGUUACAUACAGGUUUAUCCUCAGUGAAACACUGAAGAGGUAUUUUGAACUAUUGUGCAUCUAUUGCGGUCGGUACAACGAAACAGUUCCUGUAGCAUUCGUUUUGGGCUUUUACGUUUCACUUAUUGUUCAACGUUGGUGGGAACAGUUCUUAGCAUUACCAUGGCCUGAUCGUCUGGCUCUGUUUAUAACAGCUUUUUGUCAUGGGAACGCUGAACGCCCAACAAGAAUUAGGCGAAAUAUAGUUCGAUAUAUCAAUUUAUCUUAUUGUAUUGCUUUACGUGCAAUCUCAUCUCGAGCUCGCUUGCGUUUUCCAACGGAAGAACAUCUUGUUAGUGCAGGAUUAAUGACACAAGAAGAAUUGGAUAUUUAUCGUAGCACUCAACCCAGUGAAUAUACUUUAUACUUUGUUCCAUUGGUAUGGGCCUUAGAUAUGGUUACAAAAGCUCGUGAAGAAGGCUACAUACGCUUUGAUAGAGCUGUAGAAAUUUUGACAAAUGAAAUCACAUCAUUUCGUAGUAAAUUAGGCACAAUAUUUGCUUAUGAUUGGGUUAAUCCUCCACUCGUAUAUACCCAAACUGUAACAAUUGCUGUAUAUGGAUAUUUUGGUACAUGUUUGCUUGCAUGGCAGUAUUUAGACCCAUCGAAAAAAUAUGAAGGUCAUGAUGUUGAUAUUUAUGUACCAAUUUUCGGUUUACUACGUUUCUUCUUCUAUAUUGGAUGGCUGAAGGUUGCAGAAUCAUUAAUUAAUCCAUUUGGUGAAGAUGUCGAUGAUUUUGAAAUUGAAUAUUUAAUUGAAAGAAAUUUACAAGUUUCUUAUCUAAUUGUCGAUGGAAUGCAUCAUGAGCAUCCUGAUCUUGUACGUGAUGCAUACUGGAAUACCACAGACAUUAUACUACCAGAUUGGACAAAAAUUACAGCUGACAGUGGUGCUGCAGAAGCAAAUUUAGACGCAUCAGAAGGAGCUGAUAAAUUUGUUGGUUCGUUAGCAAAUAUUAAUAUCACUGAACGUAGACCAAGUGUAUUAUUUUGGAAUAGUUCAAAUCUGCACCGACGAAGGACAUCUUCAUCAAGUACAAAUGGGUAAACACACACACACACACAAGUAUGUGAUCUUAAAUUCCAAUAAAUUCUUCUACAAUUAUACUGUUCAUUAGGAGGAAUGCUAGUGAUAUUUAUGUCUUAGCUAUUAUUAUUUGUUUAUCGUCGUUGUUCAUUUCCUUUGCUUCAUAUCAAUGUUGAAUGUGACUUUUGCUUAAGCAUGUUUUCUUCUUUUGUUUCAACAUGUGUUUUAUAAUCAUAGCUCUAUGGUGUUUAUUUGUAUUUAUCUAUUGUAUUUAUGUGGCUAUGCGCAGUUUACAAAAUUGAUGUUUGAUUGUGGCUCUUAUAAUAGAUUUGAUAUCUUCUAUUUUGUUUAUUGAUAUUCUCUCAUAGGAUGAUUAAUAAAAUUCUGACUAUUACCUUAAAACUUGACUUAUUUCCUGAAUUUGUAAGUUAUAUUUGUAACAAAUCUGUCUCAGUUACUGUAUCAAUAUCCGUUGCUUUUCACUGACAGUUCAAAUGAAAUCAGCAUGUAACGAAUACAAAUUAAACUAAGCUCCACAUGAUCCGUUCAACUAAACUUUUUUACUAAAUAUUGAAAUAUGAAUUAGAAGGCGUAUCAGCAAAACGUUUUCCAGCCCAUAGACAGUACUUCAUCCCUUAUAAAUGUCUUUAGUCCUACUGUAUGUUGUAAUGAUAAUCAUGUGUGUGUAUCACUACUGUUAUUUUCAUACAUUUGGUUUCCUUUGAAAAUUUAAAUAAGGCAAGAACUUCAUUAAUUACAGAACUCAUUAUGCUUCUUUACUUUCUCCCCACUUACAAAUAAACUAGUAAGUUUUACUGUGCUGAAAUUACUGAGACAUAUUGAGAUUCGAAGAAACUAAUUGUUAAACAAUAAACGUUGUGUUUGGAAAGUACAAGCAGUUCAGAGUUAAAUUUAUUUACAGUCUAAAUCAUGAACCGAUCUCAACUGAAUCGACUACAAGUAAGAAUCUGAAAUCAGUGGGAGACCGUUUCGUCCUAGUAUCGGAGUCCGCAUUUUCAACUGCCCACUCCGGCAUCGAACUCAUGGACUUCGGUCACAUGUGCUGACGCUAAACCUUUAUAUCAUUGAGGUAGCAUCCAACAGCGUUGAUGACUACAACUGGUUUAGGAUAUUGUGCAACCUCCGUCAAUUGUCUGCAGUGAAUAACUGUUUCACACCCGACACCUAUGUGACUCCACUGGUCACGGUUUUUCAUCAGAACCCUGGAAGUUGUAUCUUGAAGCUAGUCACCAGUGAGCACAUGAUUAUUAUUAAUGUAGCGUAUUUGUGAUACCUUACCUCUGUUGUGUAACGCGCUACUCACGGCGCUAGCAUCACUCUACCUAUAACGCUGCUGGGGUUACUGCCGAUGCUAAUAUCGUGAAGGAGAACACAGGUGACGACAACCGACUUUAUUUAGUACAAAAUUACAGUUACUUGGUAAAACAGAAAAAUCAUACUCCAGUACUUCAUUAGGAAAAUAGUUCAUUAAUUGUCUCAGACUUCAUUGUUCCUGUAUUUUCAUAGCAAUCGCUUUCUAUUCCCGUUCUUCCCUUCUCAGUCUUCUCAACCUCCUGCCAGACAUUUUAUUCCUGACUAGCGUCAUAUACUACUUAUGCCGACAUAAGUAGCACACCACACUAAGACCGAAAAAUGAGUAGAUGUCGGCAUAAGUUCAGCAACCCCAAACCAUAGAAAACAACUUUGCAAAAAAUUACAACGAAUAGGUAUCAUUACCAAGUCUUGAUUUGAUAAUUUUGAAUAAAU